UUUUCUUUCUUUAUAAGAAAUGGCUUAUUAUCCAUCACGAAAACCCGAACCCUACAUUCAAGCGAUCUGUAAACAAUGUUCUUCCCCCUUAGAGUUUCUUCCUGCUCCAGGUACUAAGAACGAAAAGGUUGAAGUACAAUGUUGGUCCUGCCAGACUGUCUCAAAUUUUGAGGUGGAUGCCACAGGCACAAAAGUAAAAACAACUCGAUCGACUUCAAAGUGGUCAAGAAAAAAGGGUUCAGAUGAAAACCCAGUUUCGACGGAAUACUACGAUUCGCUUGGCAUAACACCUUCUGCCACACAAAACGACAUAAAAAAGGCAUACAGAAAAAUGGCUAUCAAAUACCAUCCUGACAAAAAUCCCAACGAUUCGACUGCUGAAGAAAAAUUCAAAAAAAUAUCAGAAGCAUAUCAGGUUCUAUCGGAUCCUGCAUUAAGAAAAAGAUAUAAUGAAUUUGGAGAAGAGAAUGGUGUCAGACCAGAUGGCGGUUUCGUUGACCCUGAGGAUUUCUUUAAGCAGGCGUUUGGUGGAGAUAGAUUUGUUGAUAUCAUUGGAGAAAUAUCCAUUGGAAAAGAUAUGAGGGACGCAUUAGAGACACAUGAAGAAGGCGCUGAUGAAAUAGACCCCAAGACAUUAACACCUGAGCAAAAAGCAGAACGUGAUGAAAAAAAACAAAAAUUAGAUAAAGCUCGUGCCGAAGCUAGAGAAAGUCGCGUUGAGUCUUUAGCGGCCAAAUUGAUUAAUAAGUUGAGCUUAUACACUGAGCUUAAUGAUAUUUCAGAAGACGCAAGAUAUGCUGCCUUUUCAAACAUUAUUCAAAUAGAAGCAGAGGAUUUAAAACGCGAAAGUCAUGGUGUAGAACUGUUAAAUGCAAUUGGAUAUACUUACUUGACAAAAGCCACCCAAUAUAUCAACAAGGGAUUUGCCUUUGGUUUAGGAGGCAUGUUUCAUUCGAUGAAAGAAAAGGGGUAUAUAAUUAGUGAAACAGUUGGGACACUCCGUUCUGCUCUUGAUCUUCAAUCAAGUUAUAGUGAGCUUCAAAAGGCCGAAGAAAAGGGUGAUUUAACGGAUGAACAGCGUGUCAAGUUGGAAACGGAAGCUGCAACCAAGGGUCUCCAAGCCAUUUGGAGAGGCUCCAAGUUGGAGGUUGAGAGCGUUUUGAGGGAAGUAUGUGAUCGAGUUUUGACUGAUCCCACUGUAUCCAGGGAAACAUUGAAAAAUAGAGCUAUAGGGUUAAAAAUUAUUGGUACCAUUUACCAAAGAGUUAAAUCGGAUGUCACUCCUGAAGACAUACCUAUUCCAAUCACACCUUCUGCUUCUCCUCCUCCUCCUCCUCCUCCUUCCUUAUCAACAAGAAUUGAAUAAAUCAUUUAAAUAUGUGACUAUUUUAUUUCCUUAA